AAAAGCUGAUCAAGAAUUAGAAGCUAUCGAUAAGCAAAUUAAUCAACGAAAAGAGAUCGCACAACGCCUUGUUGGAACACAAGAUGAUGCCAUUUGCCAAAUUUGUCAAAAAACUAAAUUUGCAGAUGGCAUUGGUCACAAAUGCUUUUACUGCCAAUUACGUUCAUGUGCUCGAUGUGGUGGUCGUACGGCAAGUAGAAACAAACCAAUUUGGGCCUGCUCUUUAUGCCAGCAAAGACAGCGAAUUCUUGCAAAAACUGGCAAAUGGUUUCAACAAGGAGCAAUGGCUGAUGAAACAAAAGAAAUUGCUAGCCCGGUAGAUAUUAGUCCGACGUUAUCCGCACCGCGAACACCAAUACCAUCAAAAAAUCGUAAGAGCAGUGUGGUAAGCCGCACUAAUGGGCCAUAUUCAACAGCUGUUAGUCCAGCAUCAAGCAUACAAUCGUCGCCAAUGUCUAUUACUUCCGAUGCUAAACAAUCCGUUCCUACACAACAAGAACGAUCACAACCCCUACGAAAAUCAUUAAAUUCAUCAUCUAUUAAGCGACAGGCGACUUUUUUGCGGCAGUCAUCUGUUGAAGCGGAACGUCGAAAUGGCACAGCAGCUCAUAUGCAUGAUAAUUUGAAGCAACAUAAUGAUGAAGAAUGUUCGGCAGAUAGAUCGAUGAGUGUUGAAAGUUUCGAGCAAGUUGUACCAUCAGAUUAUAAAUUAUCACAACAACAAAUGAAGCCAAUUCAACAUGCCAGCGAUCGAUUGAUGCAAAAUAAAUCAAGUGUUGAAUGUGAUUAUGCAAAGAAUAGAACUAAAUGUCCUGAAAAGCUACGGCAAGAAUCUGAUAGAUCAUUUGAUGAUCAAAGUAGAAGUUAUCAAUCUCAAUCGGAUGUUAUAAUUUGUGAUGAACAUGUAGAACAUGAGGAAAACACAGGAAGGCAAAAAGAUUUGGAAAGUUGUUCAUUACCUAAAAGGAAGACAUGCUCGAGUGUUGUUGUUAGCGUAAGUUCAGGAGGUGGUGCCGAAUUACGUCGCUCACGUACUAUCCGUGAAACUGAUUCUGAACGAACAUCUGCUAUAGCUGAGCAACAAGUUCAUCCGUUACCACCGGCAACGAGCAGUACAUUUUCAGCUGGAAGACGAAAAAUAAGACUUCCAAGACAACUUCAUUCGAUGUCUUCAUCGGAAGAUGAGUUGCCAUCAACAUCAAAUGGCAAUAAUGAAGAAGUACAACCACGAGCUGAUACAGAAAUCAGUUCCGAGAAAGAUAUCCUAAGGUAUAUUUAUGGCUCACGAAAAAUGCGAAGUGGACGGAAAUGUUAG